AUGGAAUCAUAGCACUAGCACAAGUAAAAAAAUAACAACAAACUUGCGAUUCCCAUGUUGCAAACUGCUAAUCCCACUUUAAUUCUCAAUAAGGUGAAAUUCCAGAAGCGCAAAUUAGAUUCAGUCUAAUCCCAGAGGUUCCUGAUGGAUCAGUAUCUUGAAAAUGUCAUAAGCCAAUAUCAACAGCAUAAUCAAAAUGAGCAUGUAUCACAACAUUAUCUAUAAAAAAUUGAAAACCAUAAUAAUCUUAACAUAGCACCCAAGGCAUCCUAUAGACAAAUUUAGAUUGCUUAGACUUAGAAAGCCAACCUAAAUGGCAAGCUAAGGAGACUCUUUGAGACUAAAACAUAAAGCAAUAACAUUGAGAAAGAAAAUACUGUUAAAGAGGGAAAAUAUCAUUUAAUUGUUAGCGAGCAGCCAUAAGCUGAGGAGCAUAGCUCAACCUAGAUACUGCUUUCCAAAACUAUAAAUAACCAGAGUUAAUAUGAUGGCUUAGAUGACAAAAAUGACUAGAAUAUGCAAAACAACUAUGAGCAGAGCUAAUGUGAUGGGAACGAUGAGAUGAAUUAGUAGGAUCAAUAGUAAUAGUAAAAUAAUUAAGAAAAAGGUGUAAGUUCAAGAGCAUCCAAAAGGAGAAGUGUGAUGAAAAAUCUAAUUGUUAAAGUAGAUCAAUAGCAAGAUUACAACUCUAGGGGUUCUAGCAUGUACACGCCCGACACUAAUGGCUAUAACAGUGAUAUGCCCUUUAUAUAAGACAUAUGGAUUAGACAAGCUUAAAAACCCUAAGAGAGCAAAGGUUAAACUUAGAGAGGGUAGCCUGAUAUCCAAAUUUAUGAGAACUAUUAAAUGAAUGAAAAUACUGAUAUAUCCAAUAGAAAGCGUAACGAAGAGUAAAAUUUAAAUGAAACUUUAAGGAAUUAUUAAAAAAGGCUAAACACUUCCAGCAUGAAGUCAUUUUCAUUUGUAAAAAUAGAUAACUUUGACAUUAAGAAGUUCAUGAAGAUCUAAGCAAUUACUAAAGAUUCUAGAAAUAUCAAAGUCAAUAAGGGUAUGGUAAAAAAUAAUACAGAGUUAGCAGGUGGCGCUGCAGAUUAUGUAGGAUUGCAUAAGAGACCCUAAUUACUAAUAAAAAAGUUCCCAUUGAGAUCAGUAUCUAAUAAAAACAACUAAGAUUAGCUUGCAAGGACUGAGAGUCAUGAGCCUCUUUACAAAGGACUAUGUCUCACUUCGAGAGAUAAGCAUGAUACAAUAAUGAACCUCGUAAAAAGCAUAAAUAGAGAAAAUUACGAGUCAGCACCAAGGAGAGAAUUUCAAAAUCUUAAUCUAUAUGAACAGCAAUUUAACAAAUUAUAAAAGAGAGUUAGAGAUCUUCGAACUUUAAGUCACGCAGAGACUAGAGGCAAGAGACGAAUAAAGCAUUUGGAAUUAACCCCUAAAUCAAUACUAAGCCACAGAGAACUUAAUAGAAUAGAAUAGUCAGUGAUUCAUUUGCCUUUCGAGAGCUCAGAUACGCCUUUAAAUCCAAUACUCAAUAUUACAAAGCCAAGUAUACUCAGUACUUUCGACUACUGUUUCAGUAAUAGACUGCCGUUCAUUGCACCAACUAAGAAUGAAAAUUAAAAAGAAGGAGCUGAUCGGAAAGCAAUACACAUUCAAAUUAACACAGGUGAGUGCUGCCAACAUAGCAAUGGCCAAAGUCCAGUAAGCAGCAACAAAAACUCACCCUUGCUGAAUUAAUCUAAAAUCAAGCAUUUUAAUAUAACUCUGGAUCUACAAGCAUGCCAUGGUGCAAGCCAGUCUUUUACAAAUAGAGGGAGUGGUGGUAACUCAGCAAAAAAUAAAAGAGUUAAUCCGCUAGAGCAUGAAAUAAGGAAUAGGCUAGAGCUGAUGCAAGUAAAGUCAACAUUUGAUGGGAAAAUCUAGGGUAAAGCCUUACUUAAUGCUGAUCUAUAAAAUGUAUGA